AUGAACACGGCAGUUUAUAAAGCGGGUGCCAUGGAUGUGAAUGAUUUAGUAAAGGGCACACCGGAAGUUCUGACAGUUGCGAAUUGUGUUGCGAAGAGCGUGCUUCAGAAGCCCUCUGAGAACAUGAAGGUGAAAGACUGGAUCACUCUUGCCACCAAGGCUCAAGAGUACCUCGACCAAGACGACGUGGACGGUAUUGUGGUAACGCACGGAACGGAUACGCUGGAGGAGAGUUCCUUCUUCUGCCACUUGGUUCUUCACUCCGACAAACCGGUUGUUUUUACGGGCGCCAUGCGUCCUGCCACUGCUUUGAGCGCCGACGGUGGCCUCAACCUGCUGAACGCUGUGAUUGCUGCUGGCUCGAAAGAGACGCGCGGCCUGGGAUCGUUGGUGGUAAUGAACGAAGAGCUUUAUUCUGCUCGCGAUGUGACCAAGAUCAACACGUUCAAAGUGAACUCCUUUGGAAGUGCGGAUGUGGGUCCUCUGGGUUUCAUUCAAGAAGGCUACAUUUAUCUCUACCACCUCCCUUACAGAAAGCAUUCGCUGCAGUGUGAAUUUGAUUUGAAAGUCUUUGAAAAGACGAUUCCGAAAGUGGAUAUUCUUUAUGUGUAUCCAAGCCUGGAUUUGGACAUUCUCAUGUAUUACUUGAAGCACAACGAUGGAUUGAUCAUCGCUGCGUCGGGGAAUGGAAGUAUUAGUGACGACAUUUUGCCCAUCUUGGAGCAGCACAAGGACAAGUGCGUUAUUGUGAGAGGAAGUCGAUGUGCCUCGGGAAUCGUCACCCCGAAUCCUGCUUCGGAUCGACACCUCCGCCUAGUUUCUUCAGGAAACCUUUCGCCUCAGAAAGCUCGAGUCUUGCUGAUGAUGGCGCUUACGAUUACGAAUGAUCCUGAGAGAGUUCAAAACAUAUUUAAUAUGUAUUGGUUGUGUUUGUUGCAACGAUCGAAUCUCUUCUGA